AAUCAUGAUUAUAUCAGAAACAAGGAGACAGAAAAGUUAGAGUCCAGGUCCGUUACGUUAGGUCAGGUUUUACUGUCUACUCUACUAGUUUCAGUACCGGGGUACACGGGAACUGUUGAAUGGGAUAGGGAAUGAUUUGAUUUCUUCCCCAAAUCCCCUUAAAAUUCUCACUGCAAUCUAUUUAUUACUUUCCUUUUUUUUUCCAUCAAUGGCAUUCAUAUUGAUCCAAUAAUAAACAGCUGGGAAGUGUUUAGGGAGCUCAGAAACUGGCUUUUAGAAGGAUUGUAUAUAUCGUGAGCAAAUUUUAUUAGGUUUAAAGAUGAUGGGAUCUGUUUUUACCAGAUUACUUGUGAUGCUUUUUGGAUAUGCAUAUCCAGCUUUUGAGUGCUUUAAAGCUGUGGAGAAGAAUAAGAUGGAUACUGAACAACUUCUCUUUUGGUGUCAAUACUGGAUUUUAGCUGCCAUGUUGACAGUAUCUGAAAGGGUUAUGGACGUUUUUAUUUCCUGGGUUCCGAUGUAUUUUGAAGCUAAGUUGGUGUUCUUCAUAUACUUGUGGUAUCCAAAAACAAAGGGGACAACAUAUGUUUAUGAAUCUUUUUUUCGUCCAUAUCUUGCAAAGCAUGAGACAGAAAUUGAUCGUAGCAUACUGGAAUUGAGGGCUAGGUUUACAGACAUUACCCUUCUGUAUGUCCAAAAGGCUACCAGCUAUGGUCAGACGAGGGCUAUUGAGAUUAUGCAGUAUGUUGCUGCACAGACUGUGCUAAAGCCUAAACCUACUCAGGAGCAGAGUGGUGCAGUCACCAAACAAUCUUCUACACUGGCACAAAAUCUUCAAUCAGUUCCUACUGCAGAGGACAAGCCUCAUAAACAACCUUCCACUGUCACCCAGAAUAUUCAUCCAGCUGCUACUCCUGAGGACAAGCUCCAGAAGCAACUCUUGCAAACAACAAGGAGUAAAAAUGAAGUAGGAAAUGUUCCAGCACAGAUGGCAUCUUCACUUCCGAAAAUUCCAGAACCCACUUCAGCAGAGGAUCUUCUAGAAAAGCUUGAGCAGUCACCCUUGCGUACCAAAAGCUCACCUGCUCGAAUGACAAUUUCCCCGAAGUUCACUGAAGAAGUUACCAGCCAGUUCAAAGAAAAUGAAGCAAAAGGAAAUCAGGAUGCACGUGUUAGGUUGCGGAGAUUCCGUUCCUCGGUAUACCACUAGAUUUUUUUAUUUCCUUGAUUUAAUAACGUGUAUAAGUAUGAGAGAUUCCAGUCAUUGUAGUUUUGUAGGUAGGUAAAUAAAGAUGAAUAGAUGAUGUGGGUUAUCCGAUUCUUUUCCA